AUGCCUGCCCCGCUCUACCUAAUCCACAGUCCAAGAUCGGUUCGAUCGGACACAGAACAGAACCUGGCAGCGUUAGAUGCGUGCAACCAAGGCGAAGAUGACCUGCAGCAGUCUCAAGCGUUCAAAAGCUGGCUGCUGUCGAGGCUGAAGCUUCCAUCAACACACGGGCUACAAAGUGCCAAAGGGAACCAAAUUCAUGCACACGACAACAAUGAACUGCAAGCGAUCCUUACACAACCAGCGGAAGCGGAAGUUUGUCUGCUAAGCGAUAGCCCAUAUCGUAUACUGCGGGCUGCGGAGGCCGGCAACUUGGAGGAGUUCAUACGGCUAUACGAAGGGGACAACAAUCGACUGACGGUGAAAGACAGCAAGGGUCGCACGGCAGCCCACCAGGCCGCCGCCCGCAACCGGGUCAACAUCCUCACCUUCAUCCACAGCCAGGGUGGAAAUCUGAACGCACAGGACAUGAUUGGCAACACACCGCUGCACACGGCCGUCGAGAAUGAUUCGUUCGACGCGCUGGAAUUUUUGCUAAAAAUUCCGGUGGCGACCAAUAUUCUCAACGAUAAAAAGCUGGCUCCGGUGCAUUUGGCCACGGAACUGAACAAAGUGAACGCGCUCCAAGUUAUGGGCAAGUAUCGGGAGGUCAUCGACAUACAACAGGGCGGCGAACACGGUCGGACCGCACUACACUUGGCUGCGAUUUACGACAACGAAGAGUGUGCCCGAAUAUUGAUUUCAGAGUUUGGUGCCUGCCCACGGAAGCCGUGUAACAAUGGGUACUACCCGAUCCACGAGGCCGCGAAGAAUGCCAGCUCGAAGACGAUGGAGGUGUUCUUCCAGUGGGGCGAGUCGAAGGGUUGCACGCGAGAGGAGAUGAUCUCGUUCUACGACUCGGAGGGCAACGUACCGCUGCACUCGGCCGUGCACGGCGGCGACAUCAAGGCGGUGGAGCUGUGCCUCAAGUCGGGCGCCAAGAUCUCCACUCAGCAGCACGACCUCUCGACGCCGGUGCAUCUGGCGGCAGCGCAGGGCGCUAUCGAGAUAGUGAAGCUGAUGUUCCGCAUGCAGCCGCUCGAGAAGCGCAUCAGCCUGAACUGCACCGACAUCCAGAAGAUGACGCCCCUGCACUGCGCCGCCAUGUUCGACCAUCCGGAGAUCGUCGACUACCUGGUGAAGGAGGGCGCCGACAUCAACGCCAUGGACAAGGAGAAGCGCUCGCCGCUGUUGCUGUCGUCGUCCCGCGGCGGCUGGCGCACGGUGAUGACGCUGAUCCGGCUGGGCGCCAACAUCAGCCUGAAGGACGCCAACUCACGCAACGUGCUGCACCUGGUCAUCAUGAAUGGAGGCUGCCUGGACGAGUUCGCCAAGGAGGUAUGCCGCACGCAGUCCGAGAUCUACCUGCUGCAGCUGCUGAACGAAAAGGAUGACGCCGGCUGCUCGCCGCUGCACUACGCCAGCCGCGAGGGCCACAUCCGGUCGCUGGAGAACCUGAUCCGGCUCGGCGCCUGCAUCAACCUCAAGAACAACAACAACGAAAGCCCGCUACACUUUGCAGCGCGCUACGGCCGCUUCAACACCGUCCGCCAGCUGCUCGACUCGGAGAAAGGCACCUUCAUCAUCAACGAGAGCGAUGGCGAGGGCCUGACGCCGCUGCACAUCGCCUCCCAGCAGGGUCACACCCGCGUGGUGCAGCUGCUGCUCAACCGGGGCGCCCUGCUGCACCGGGACCACAACGGGCGCAACCCGCUGCACUUGGCCGCGAUGUCCGGCUACACGCAGACGAUCGAGUUACUGCACUCCGUCCAUUCGCAUCUGCUGGAUCAGGUUGACAAGGAUGGGAACACCGCGCUUCAUUUGGCCACGAUGGAAAACAAACCAAACGCGGUGGUGCUGCUGCUCAGCCUGGGCUGCAAACUGCUGCAUAACUACAUGGACAUGAGCGCGAUAGACUACGCGAUCUACUACAAGUAUCCCGAGGCGGCGCUGGCCAUGGCGACUCACGAGGAGCGUUCGGCCGAGGUGAUGGCCCUGAAGUCGGAACAUCCGUGCGUUACGCUCGCCCUCAUCGCGUCGAUGCCGCGUGUCUUCGAAGCCGUACAGGAUAAUUGCAUCACCAAGGCGAACUGUAAAAAGGACUCGAAAAGCUUCUACAUCCGGUACUCGUUCAGCUGCCUCCAGUGUCCGGCACUGUACGCCCAGAUGGACGCCCGAACAGGGGAAGCAGUUCAGAUUUCCAAACCGAUUCCACUUCCGGCACUCAACAUAAAAUAUUCAUUUAGCGCCUACCAGAAAUCACAAGAAGCGAUUGCCGAAAUGCGAAAAACCUUGAACGAUCCCAAGUGGCGCCCGCAUCCCUUGCAUGUAGUGAAUGCAAUGGUGGCUCACGGACGCGUGGAACUGCUCGCCCAUCCCCUCAGCCAAAAGUAUCUGCAGAUGAAGUGGAACUCGUACGGCAAGUACUUCCACCUGGCAAACCUGUUGUUCUACAGUGUGUUCCUGUUUUUUGUCACGCUGUUCACGUCGCAGCUGAUGCGAAGUGUCGUCCCGGUCGGACACGGACAAGCAAACGAAACCCAUGGUGAUGGUGGUGUUGCCGGUUCCUACGGAGGGCAACAGGUACUAGCACUACGCUCAGCGCUCAUUAGAGCCAAGGGAUACGGAUAUGGCGGGGCGCAGAACACAAGUGGAGCCAUCGCACCACCACCAAUCGAGGAGCAAAUGGACAUCACGACCACGACGCUGGUGUCCGGCAUCGGCAUUAUCCUGUACAUCGUGGUGAACGCUCUCCGGGAGCUGGUGCAGGUGUAUCAGCAGAAAUGGCACUACCUGCUGGAACCAAACAACUUCAUCUCGUGGAUCCUCUACACGUCGGCGCUGAUCAUGAUCUGGCCCAUGUUCUCUGGUGGCAUGUGCUUCAGUAUCAACUACUCGGCGGCUUCGAUCACCGUGUUCCUUUCCUGGUUUAACCUGUUACUAUUUUUGCAGCGCUUCGAUCAGAUCGGAAUCUACGUGGUGAUGUUUCUGGAAAUUUUGCAAACGCUUAUUAAGGUGCUGAUCGUCUUCAGCAUACUGAUAAUAGCGUUCGGGCUGGCUUUCUACAUUCUUCUGUCGAAGAUCAACGAGCCACAGGUAAACCAUCUAUCCUUCUCGUCCAUCCCGAUGUCGUUGGUGCGGACGUUUUCGAUGAUGCUGGGCGAAAUGGACUUCGUCGGCACGUACGUCCAACCGUUCCACGUCGGCGAUCUACCGUUUCCACUUCCGUCGUUCGUCAUCCUGUGUCUGUUCAUGAUUCUGAUGCCCAUUUUGCUGAUGAAUCUGCUGAUCGGUCUCGCGGUCGGUGACAUCGAGUCGGUUCGCCGGAACGCCCAGCUCAAGCGACUCGCAAUGCAGGUGGUGCUGCACACCGAACUGGAACGCAAACUACCCCAGAUGUGGCUCGAGAUGGUCGACAAGAUGGAGCUGAUCGAGUAUCCGAACGAAAAGAAGUGCAAGCUCGGCUUUCUGGACUCCGUGCUGCGUAAGUGGUUUUGCAAUCCAUUUACGGAUGACUACAAAGGUGGAAUCGAUUACGUGCUGGAAAAUACGGAAGACUACAUAGCGGUCGAGCUGGAGAAGCAGAAGCGAAAGCUGCGAGACAUCAGCGGUGCACUCGAUGCCCAACAUCAACUUCUUCGAUUGAUCGUACAGAAAAUGGAAAUCAAAACCGAGGCGGACGACGUCGAUGAGGGCGUCUCAACAAGUGACCUCAAAGGGCAAGGUGGUAUGCUAACUAGUCGAGCGUCCCGUUGGUCUUCCCCACGGAUCCGUAAGAAACUGGGCGCUACGCUGAGUUUCAACAAGUCCAUUGGCAAAUAAAGGAAGGAUGUCAAUGUUAGUGCAGUUUUUAAUGUGAACUUCAACGAUUCCCAAUAGUUUGUACACGCGAAAUCGAAAACGACGGUUUCAGAUGGAGAUUGUAAGUGUUUUAGGUGUUUUAGAUUAUCUUCAAGCAAACUCUUUUAAAAAGGUGUGCACACCGAAGUAGAAGAUAAAAAAAAUGACUAACUGUUAAACGGAAGUGACUAAUGAAAAUAGCUUUUUAGAAAGAGAACUGUUUGGUAACCGA